UAUCACGAAAAUCUGAUACGGAAGGUCGUUGGUUCGAUUCCCAAAAACCAAUAAAAUUUGUAGAGGUACAAAUAAGGCCAAAGAUAGACCCGUGCCACCGGUCAAAUAGUAUCUAAAUCACUCAGAUUUGUAUGAUAUUGGUCUAUAAAACCGGUUUCUAUUACCAUUAAUCCCAUAGUUAUAACAGCUUCGUAUAUCCAGAUCCAGUUAUCAGACUUAAAAUGACUUCGAGUUUAACAAUUGCGACGAACGUUACCGUGAACGAUGUCGAAUUAUCAACGACAUCCUACAUGAAUUCCAUUAAUUUUGUAAAAAAUAUGAUGCACACUGCCAUUGUCAACAUUAUAUACAAUCGAAUCGAAGACGACGACGCAAUAUUUAACUCAUAUAACAUGAACAAUGUGAAAUAUAAGGGAUUAUCAAAUAGAAUUCCAAAAACGCACCAACUGCAGCGCGUUAAUUGUUGGAUGAAAGAUGCGUAUCUUGCUUUGGAGCGCAAAAAGUUAAAUAAAUUGUAUUUGGUUAUUAUGGAAAACAAUAGCGCAAGCGAGUAUUAUGAGUUCACCAUAAAAUAUUUGGAUAAACCAAAAACCUCCAUCAAUACUAAGCAAGUUUUUCAAGUUACUGAGGAUUUCCUAAAAACGAUUAACCUUCUUGGAACCAACACAAAGUUUCCCUUAAAUACUGAGUGCAAAAUCCAAAUGACUCUAAAUGAUGGAUUAGAUCUAAAAUACUUCCAUAAUGGUGUUUUAAUACAGAAUCAUAAUCAUAUUGUAGGAAUGGGCAGUAUAGAUACAGGACACAAUAAAUUAAGACUAUGCGCAAAGGGCCAAAUCUUUGAUGAAAGCUUCGAUCAAAGUUCUGUUAAUGUGAUUGAUGAUGUUGAAGUUAGCCCCUCAUUUGAAGAAACACUAGUUUGUGUUUGCAGUAUCAACGAAAACUUUUCAGGAAUUCCGAUCAUCAGAUGUGGGAUGUGUAAAACUUAUCAACAUGUCCCUUGUAUUGGAUAUACAAUUGCUAAGCCUCCUCUAAAUAAUUAUACUUGUUGGUAUUGCUGUAAAAAGAAUGAGCUUGUAUCACAUGAUAAACGAAUGUUUCUGCAUGCUAAUAAUGAAAGGACAUUAAUGCGUUCAACUAUUUUGAGAUUUAUUACAUAUGCAAUAUUACAUACAAAUAUAACACCACAACAAAUUAUUGAUAAAAUGUCACCAGUAUAUGUGAAGGCGAUUAUCGACUUUCUAAUAAAAAUUGAUUUUUUUCAUUUGAAAGACAACACUUACAUGCCUAUCAUUCACACUAUAAAUAGAUUCGCGAAUGGGGUAUUCUUUUAUAAAAUUUCCUCGGACAGUUGCCACCUUUCAGAAACAGAAGUAGUAGAAAUAGAAGAUAAAUAG